GACCUAGCUUCAUUAUACAUCGUCUGUUAUACCGGGGCACACCCGCGGCAGAACCAUCCAAAGAUGACGCACCUCGCUCACAUACUCCUAUCACUUAUCUCUCUCUGAGGUCACAGGGCUCGAUAUAGUUCUUCCACCAUACACCUCGAGGAUGAGGUGACAUGUUCCCAUCCUGGCGUGCGACCGGCUCUCUGUGUCAGACUACCGCCGUUGCAGCUGGAAGGUUGAAAAGAGGUCAUCAACACAUUUGCUCUCCCCAGGACCUGCAUACCCGCUGGUGCCACAUAUUUGUCGAGUCUAUUGCGCUGCAUCUCCGUCAUGCCUGUCCCAGUACCCGAGCUCGGAUCUUUCAACUACGUCGCUGAGACGAAGGAAAACCUCGACUGGGCAGACCUGGUCACGAUCGACUUCAGCUUUUAUGGCACGCCAGAGGGCAACAAAAAACUCGCGGCCGAGCUGAUUAGGGCCGUGCGCGAGGAUGGAUUCUUCUACGUGAAGAACUUCAACAUUCCGCAGGAGCGCGUCAACCGCCAGUUUUCGCUCGGCAAGCAGUUCUAUGAACUGCCUCUGGAGGAGAAGUUGAAAUACGUCCCGGAGGGCCUGGACAACGGAGCGUUCAAUGGGUACGUCCCCGCUGGACGUCGCGUUCUGGAUCCUGUCUCUGGAUUGAGGGAUCGCACCGAGGUUUACAACAUUCCGAAGUUCGAUGGCUACUUCACCCACAACCAUCCCGCUAUCGUUCAGGAGCACCUCGGAGAGAUCGAGGAGUUCGCUCGCUCUCUGCACAGCGAGGUGCUCGACCCACUCCACGUUCUCCUUGCCAUUGCACUAGAACUCCCCGAGGAUUAUUUCACCAACAUCCACCGGUACGAGCGCAAGAGCGAGGACCACUUCAGGUUCAUGAAAUACUCCAAGUACACCCCGGAGGAGAACCAAAAGAUAGGCCGUCUUUGGGGCGGUGGCCACACUGACCUCGGCUCCUGGACAUUGCUCUUCCGCCAGCCCGUCGCGGCUCUUCAGAUCAAGAACCACAAGACAGGCGAGUGGAAGUGGGUGAAGCCGCAGGAUGGCACUCUCACCGUCAAUGCAUGCGACGCCCUGUCGUUCCUGACUGGCGGCUAUGUCAAGAGCACGAUCCACCGAGUUGCCGCGCCUCCGAAGGACCAGGAGCACGUCGACCGCCUCGGCAUCCUCUACUUCUCCCGGCCGAACAACGACGUCCGGCUUAACACUGUCGCCGAGUCUCCCGUACUCCAGCGUGAGGGCUACACUCAGAACGACUUCGAGAAGUCCGGAAACUACGUCCCCACCAUGGAAGAGUGGACGUUCGCGAAGCAGAAGUGGCAGCGCACCAAGAAUGUCGUUCGUGGCGAUACGAGUCAUCAGACUGCACAGAUCCUCCCCGGGUACCGCGAAAAAGUCUACGCUUGACGCAUGGGCUCGGAGUCAGAUAUCGAACGUAUCGGGCGGCGCAUUGGCAGGGUGGAAAGAAGGAUGUAUAUCUUUGUACAACAGCGUCAUCAAUGCUAGCGAAGUGGCAGUGACGG